AUGCGUCUGUUGUUUGGGAGCAUCCUCUGCCUCGGCCUCGUUGCCGCGGCUGAAUUCGUGGCCGCGGGCAGAGCCACCCGAUCCCUGGCAUUCCGAAAGGGCAGCACCUUUUUCUUCAGGAUAAAUUUCAAGAUCACUAUGUUUCCGAAUUCGACUAUCUUCGCGCAGGCGGCCGGCUUUAAGGUGGUGUGGGAGCUUCCCGCGGGCACCGCCCGGCCCGGCAGGUCCGUCUCCGACGUACACGAAGCGGCGGAGCUCGCUUACGAAAGCCACGGAUUCGACGGAAGGUCCUGUCUGCUGAAGAACGUCUGCCAGGCGAUGAGUUACGCUGGCCAGAGGAACGGAGUGUUCGCGAAGAUAUUAAAACUGCUGCUCGGAUCAUACGCAAAUAUGGACGACUCGUCGAGGGAUGAGGAAGCGGAGCCAAUUCAUUGCGACUACCACGUCAGAAAUUGUCCCCUCCAGCUAAUCGGAAUCGAUAGCUUUAUCGAGCAGUGA